AUGGAAAGUGUUUCUGUAAUGGAAGACAUGAACAUUUCACAACCCAAGAAACUCUUUUCUAUACUGUGCAAGGCAGUAUUGGCAGAAUUUAUUUCGACGUUACUUUUAGUCCUGCUAGGAUGCAUGUGUUGUGUGCCAAUAUCCAGCUUGACGCAUCUACCACUAUUAUAUGGGCCAUUAGGUUUCGGCUUGGUUGUUCUCAUUAAUAUUCAGGCAUUUGGACAUAUAUCUGGAGCACAUAUGAAUCCGGCCGUUACAUUAGCCGCUUUGCUGUGGGGGAAAAUGUCAAUCGCCACUGGAAUUGCAUAUAUCUUAGCUCAGUGUGCGGGUUCUAUAGCUGGAUAUGGAAUAUUAGUAGCAGUUUCUCCAAUUGAUUUGACCACAGACGGAAUUUGUACAACCCAACCUCAUGUACAGCUCACUACGCUCCAAGCAUUGGGUAUUGAAGUAAUACUAACAGCCACAUUAAACUUCAUUAAUUGCGCUGUUUGGGAUCAAGUGAACGAAGCUUUCUUAGAAUCUGUUUCUCUAAAAAUUGGUUUCACUAUUGCUGGGCUAUCAAUUGCUGGAGGUCCUUUUACUGGUGGAAGUAUGAACCCAGCACGAUCUUUGGGGCCAGCUCUUUGGACAAGUACAUGGAAUGCACAUUGGGUCUACUGGAUCGGUCCAUUACUUGGUGGAUCUCUAUCGGCAAUAUUUUAUAAAUGUACAUGGCUGAAAAAAGGUAGUAAUUAUAUAUGA